AUGCCUUCGACGUCGAUCGAGCUGGGGCUGUGGUUUGGAUAUCGUCCUUUCCUGUUCAGUAUGCCGCGGCCAAAGGUGAGCAAACUGCCUGGACGUGGCUGCCAUUCACCGGCCGCGGCGCGCGGUCCCUGCCAGGUACUGCUGUCCUUCUGCCAUCUGCGGGUGACGCUGCCCACUCUAGAGCGAAGUGCCGAGACGCCGUGCUGUGGCUACGCUGUCGGGACGCCGGGAGCACGUGCGUCCGUUGCCACGGCGACGCGCAUGCGCAGCUGCCGCUUCUAUUGCUGGCGCGUCGGCCCCCUUUGGGAGCGGCCGGCAGUGAUCGCGAUGGUCGCGGCGAGUGGCGGGACGGGCGACCGCGCGGGCCGCUGCCCGCCGGUGUACGCGUGUCUGUGCGCGCUGCUGCUGGCGCAGCUCGCCUCCUCCUUCUACCUGCUGCGCUACGUGCAGAGGGUGGAGCGCUCCUGCUGCUGCGCGCCCGAGGAAGGCGGCAGCGCGGACGAAACGGCUCACGUGCGCGUGCCGCGCAGCGCACAAGUGGCGGGCAAGUUCAUCGGCCAGGGGGCCAACGUAGAGUUUCUCGGUACCAACAAAACGAGGCCUGCGAACAAGACGUCCGGGGCCGACGAGGAUUGGGUUACGCUGGACACCGUCUCUAGAGUACCGCUGGUGGCUAUCCAGGGGUUCUGCAAGUCGACGCGGGAGUACUGCCCGCCGGGCGUGCCGGGCUCUCCUGGUCCUCAGGGGCCGCCCGGACUGCACGGCCAGCCCGGCGCCAAGGGCGACCGCGGAGAGCGGGGGUUCCCCGGCGAGCCCGGCUCCAGGGGACUCCCCGGUGUGGCGGGGCUGCCCGGUCCCCGCGGCCCCAAGGGCGAACUCGGCUAUCCUGGUCCUCCCGGACUGGACGGCCGAGACGGAGUGCCCGGAGAGCCGGGCCUGGACGGGCUGCCCGGCCGCAACGGGCUGGACGGGGUGCCCGGCAGGCCGGGCACGGACGGGGUGCCGGGGACGCCGGGCACGCCAGGCAGGAACGGCACGGACGGACUGCCAGGCUUGCCGGGACCAAUUGGACCACCGGGGCCGAAGGGACCGAGAGGUAUCGCUGGUCCCCGUGGGCGUCCUGGUAAGCCGGGAACCAACGGGAUCCCCGGCACUCCGGGCAUCAACACGUGGAAGGUGCGCGUCAACGGCACCAUCAGCAACGAGCUGCUCAUCCCGCCCUCCAUCACAGGUUCAGGAUCGAUGGAGAGGAAGGACCCAACGGCGGUGCACGAGGGCGACAACGUGCGCAUCAGCUGCGGCGCCGCGGGCAACCCCCGGCCGCACGUCGAGUGGCGCAAACUGGAUGGCGCGCCCAUCCCACUGGGCUCCUGGCAGACCGUGUCGGUGUCUGGCUACACGCUGAACCUGACCCGCGUGUCGCGGGCCCACAUGGGCGUCUACCAGUGCAUCGCAGACAACGGCAUCCCGCCGCCCGCCAACAAGACGUACCGCCUCGAGGUACACUUCCCGCCGCUGAUCCGCAUCCACAGGCAGCUGGUGGGCGUGGUCAACGGUUCGACGGGGGUGCUGGAGUGCGACGUGGAGGCGUUCCCGGAGCCCGUCUGCUACUGGGAGCGCGAGGACGGCCGCCUCAUUGAGCCCGGGCACAAGUUCGUCACCAGCCUGUCCGACAGGGACCGCUACAAGAUGCGGAUGCAGCUCAACAUCACGCGAGUCUACCCGCCAGACCACGGGAAGUACCACUGCGUGGCCAAGAAUGAGAUGGGCAUCACCAGGGGUGUCUUCAACGUCUACGGAGUGGACCCGCGGCUGGCGACGCCGCCGCCGGUGCUGGCGUCGCUGCCGGGGGCCGUGGUGUACGGCGAGGGCCCGCCGCCGCCGCUCGACCUGGACGACUUGUGCCCCGCCCCCCAGCCCUGCCCCGAGUGCCCCAGGGCGGGCCGCUGCCUCGGCGGCGACCUCUCGCUGCUCAAGCUGGUCGGCGGCCGGCUCGACAUCCGUGGCUUCGAGAACGUCACCGUGCCCGGCUUGCCGAACAGGACCACCGACUGCCUGCUGUACGCCAUCGGGAAGCCUGUGUACCAUCGGUGGACGGACAUGACUUACGGCAGUUGGAUGCGAGACGCCAUGCCGCGGCCUGAAGCCAACGCGGAGAAAUUCUGGGUCACCAACGAAACUGACCCGUACCACCUGUACGAAUUCGCCAACAAGACUUCCUUCAGCAAGGACGUACCGACCAAAGUCUAUAAGCUCGACCACCCAUUCAAGGGCAACGCGCACGUGGUGUACAACGGGUCGUUCUUCUACCAUGAGCGCGACCAGCGGCGCGUGCUGCGCUACGAGCUGUCCACGGGCCACUACACGCCGCUGGACGUGCCCCUGGUCGCCACCAACGGCUCCAACUACCUCUACUCCACCGACCACAACUACAUCGACUUCUCCGUGGACGACAACGGCCUCUGGCUCAUCUAUGCCCUGCCAGAUAUCAACAACACCAUCGUCAUGAAGGUGGACACGUCGACGAUGCAGAAGCAGUACAUGUGGAACAUCAGCGUGAACCACCACGAAGUGGGCGAGAUGUUCGUCGUGUGCGGCGUGCUGUACGCCGUGAACAGCGUCACCGACCGCAUCACAAAGAUAGCUUUUGCCCUUGACCUAUAUACGAACAAUCUACAGGACGUGAAUCUCAACUUUACUAAUCCAUUCAGGAGGACAACAAUGAUCGGAUACAAUCACAGAAACAAGGAGCUGUUCACGUGGGACAAGGGCAACCAGCUGACGUACCCGGUGCGCUACCACGAGAUGGGCUACCACCUGAACGCCACGUCAUCCGGAGGUGGCAGCGGGAGCGUCGAGGACCGCAGCGACUCCGACACCUCCAGCGGCCAGGUGCACACCGGCAUCGAGGUUUCGUAGCCGCGCCACCCGCAGCCGCCGCUGCCGCACCACCUCCAACACCGCUGAGUGGUUACCGCGGCGCGACGCGGCUGCCCAGGCACUGGCUGGCGGUGCCCGCAGCGUGGGGGCACUGUGCGCCUCACAGGAGGCGCGUGUAGGUGGUAGCAGGGGGACCGAGGGGAGGGUACGGACACUGUGCUGUUCGUAAGAUGCCGCAAACUCUAGUGGUUUGCAUGCCGGUUUUCCCUCCCAUUCUUAAUCCACCGGAAACUUAUUUCCUUUCAUUGCUCUGCACCCGUCAGACAACCGCGGACUGCUUAGUUGAGCAUAACAGGCUAUAGAACUACGGCAUAUUUAUCGUGGGGAGACGACAGUCAUUGAUCUAUUAUGUUAAGAAUAUUUUACUUCUAGAAACAAUCAUGCAUCUGUUUUCAUAUUAAUGGUGUCAAUAACAUAAAACGAUUUUUCGAUAUAAAUAUCAAAAAUAAACCUCCUUAUAGGCUGGCAUAAUGAUAUUUGUGGACAUCCAAUAUCAUGCAGGAAAACGUGUCAGCAAUUUACUUUUAUUAAAACUAUUUUCGGUACUUCUGUCGAAGCUGCGUGGAGAAAAAUCUUUUAUAUGCGUUGACUAGUUUUGGGCACGACGUCCAUUAUAAAAACAUCGCUUUCUUCAUAAGUAUUGGCACGUAAUACAACCAGCACAUUUACAGACAGCCACAACUGGAAAUAGUGAGUAACAUUUUCGACAUCAUGUACAGAGUGUUAUCAAUCUUCCUAGCCACGUAGCACCAGUUAACUGUUGUAUUAUGUAUCAGUACAUACGAUGAAGUCAACGGUUUGAUAGUGGGCGUCACGUCCGAAACUAACCACCGUAAAUAGAUGAUUUUUCGCACCGCAGCUUCGAUAGAAUUAUAAAUAAUUUUAAUAUUGAUACGUAUUCAGUAUUACCCACGAUGAUUCGAUAAUGACGUUACACACGUUCAGAGAUGAUGGAGAAACGUAGAUAUAUUAAUCUGAAAACAGAAAUCCUGGUUCAAAAACGAUGGAGUCGAAUGUUAUAAGCGAUUAUCGUCCUUCGAUAAGGACAGAAUCUGAAGACAAAGUUGAAGCUUAAUAUUUUCCCACAAAAAUGUAAUUCCAUCUGUUCGAAAAUCGAUGUGAUAGCUCUGACAAUGGAAUAAACGUACCAUCACAAUUGUGGCUAAGAUUAUAGGGUAAGCAACUUUCUGAGGUUGUAGUAUGGACCAAAAGAAGAAAGAGUCUGGAAUACAUUGGCUCUGAAAUUCAUCCCUUAAGAGCUAUGGGCAGUUGUUCAUCUUCGCUAUUGUGAAACACAUCUCCUGUACUGCAAGCUCUUUGCUUUCCAUAUUUUAAAGGAGGUAGUAUGGACCAACACAAGAAAUAAUGUCCAGUAAGUAUCGGGUGUCAAAUGCAUCCUGUUGAAGCUAUGGGUACUUGUUCAGUAGAAGAGAUGUGGUUCAAAGUAGCGAGGAUGAACAGGUUCUCAUCGCUCUUAAAGUAUGCAUUUUAGAGGCUGUGUUUACCUACCAUUUUCUUCUUCUUUUCGUCCAUACUACCACGUCUGAAAGUUACCUUCCUUACAAUCUUAGCAACAACUGUACCGAUACAUAUAUUCUACUGUCAUAGUUGUCGGAACAAUUUUCGCUUACAACUUCCGAAUCGAUCGUUUCCGGACUAGGGCUCCUUACCUCAAAUUAACACAUUUACCCUUCUUCGUCAUCCCCGAAACUUCGUAACAUCACCACGCAAUACCAAUAUCCUCGUAGAGGACCUCGCAUUGUCAUUAAGUUAACAUGAUCUGCUAGAUUUUAUACUGGGUGUAUUGUAAUUGAUACCGAAAACUGAGACAGGUGAAAGUGCACGAAAAUAGAAGCAAAAACGUUCCACCAAACACGAAUCUCCAAGCGACACGUUUGCCACAUAAUUGUGAAUACGGACUUCACUAUAAAUUACUGCCCCUGUUGGUAGAAAUGUAUGCGAAAUGUAAACGUUUUGGUUGUCCCCGAAGACUUAGGUGCAGAUUUCACCCUCGGUCUACCUUAGCAAGAAAUAGAAUACUACUUCAGCCCAUUGUGUGGUACAUUUUUAUAUAUACUGGUACCAGUUCAAGGAGGUGUCUCGCGUGUCGCCCUCGGACUUGGAUGCAACUCUAUACUCGUCUCUGCAGUGAGAUACAAAUUGUCUAUGACACCCCCUGGAUGAUCUCGUAAAUCUUGAAAAGGUUGUAAAAUUCUCUGGUCAGUUCUUGAAUCGGAUCAAUGAAAGAGGUCUUCACAUCACUCCCAAGAGUGAUAUCGAGGAUUGAUGUCAGAUGAUCUUGGAUAUAAAGAUGUGGCCCCUGUUAGACAAGUCCAUCACUGACCAUAUCGGGCGUCACAUGUCGUCGUCUUACGUAAGCAGCAGAAAGUGUCGGUGGCCGUAUACAUCUGCCACGUUCCACAACCAUGGACAGCUGGAGAAAUUCGAGCCUAAUUAGAAGAGAAAUUAAUCGAAAAGUUUAUAUUUCACUGACAUUUCUACUAAGUAGGGCGAUACUUCCUACUGAAGUCAGUGGCGACUCACAAUCACAAAUUUACAGUUGAUUUGUAAACUCAUGUUCAUUGGUAUGUUUUUGCUUUUAUUAACUUACACUUUACCAACGUCAUUGUACACUGUUAAUUAUGAUUUAUCAGCUACAGCAGAAAUUUGUCACUUUUUUUUGUCACGCUAUGUUUCUUCAUAUGUUGCUAACCUCUCCCAUGAUAUCCUCUUCAGCUCUCGUUCACUGGUGUUUUUUCUAUUUCUACCACUUAAAUACAAGUAGCCAUUUCGCGCUGUGCUGGUUCAGUGGAAGAUGAGAGACAGUAGCCUAUGUACACAGCUUCGAAAAUGUAGCCAAAUACGUGUGCCAGAGCAGACGAAAGAAUCCAACUCCCUUUCUGCUCCGCUCCAUACUAUCAUUACAGGUGUGUGUGGCCCUCCAUACCAGUACGAAUCAUUUGAACCGAAGUCGAUACGGUGUGCAAACCGUUUGCAAUCAAGAGUUAAGGAAAAUGACUCACCAUUAAUAUAAAAGACUUAUUUGGAUGGAUGUUAUAUUCUGAUAUCAUUAUUCUUUGUACAAAAACUGUAUUAUAGUACCUUAACAUUUGUAUGUAACCAAUUGACACGACUACAAUAAAAUAUAA